AUGGAACGUAUAUCCGCGCCUGUCGCUGCGGCCUCCACGCCACCCAAAAGGUCCGAGUCGCGUGCUGCGGCUGCCAGCAGCAGUUUUUCCGUCUCUCCCGACUCGUCCGACUCUGGCGAGGAAACCGAAGACGGCCUGGCAGCGAACGAUGAUACCAUUGAUGAAGUUGAUUUUGAUCUAGACGUCGAUGAGGUUAGUGACGGGGAAGCCCAAAUAGAGCUGGAAACCAACUCGCUCGACUCUGAUGACGAAGACGCAUAA